AUGAAUAUUUCUGCUUCAGAAAAUCGCCCAGAUGAACCCUAUUUUAGUAAGUUGGAUUCUAGUCUCCGGAGAAACACAGCAUUUGUGAAGAAAUUGCGAAACUUGACUGAAUCGCAAAAGGAUUCCUUAACCAGAGAUAUUCAGAGUUUAAAUCUCUCCAAGUAUAUUGGUGAAGCAGCUGCGGCUCUGACUGAAGCUAAGCUGAAGAUGUCUGAUAUUAAUUGUGCUAUCCUGAUUUGCAGUCUUCUUCAUCAGCGAUAUGCUGAUUUUUCCUCUUGUUUGAUGGAAAACUGGCAAAAAUAUCUUCUUUUCAAGAAAGAUGAAAAGAUUGCCAAUUUGAGCAAGUAUAGAGUUGACUUGAGGUUUUUUGCUGAACUUGUAUCAGUUGGUUUGUUUACAGAAAAAGAGGGUCUACCAGUCCUGGCUAAUCAAUUGUCAAUUCUUGUAAACAGUGACAAAGAAGAGCACAAUAAUUUGUCUAUCAUCUCCAGCUUCUGUAAGCAUUGUGGAGAUGAUUAUGUAGGGAUUGUACCGAGACGUUACAGGAUUCUGGCCGAGAAGCACAAUCUAGAAAUUGCUAGAAGCAAUAUGUUGCCACCUGAGCGCCAAAAGGCUUGUCGGCAUUUGCUAAAAGAAUACUAUACUACUUUGUGUAAGCAUUUGAAAAAAUUACACAAAGAACUGAAGACUAUUGAAAGACAAAACCGAAAGAUUCUUCAGACUAAAGGUGAAUUGAGUAAUGAACGUAAAGAAAAUUAUGAGGCUGCUAUUAUAAAUUAUCAGAAGCUUCAGCAGAACACUCACACAUUGGCAGAUCUGCUUGAUGAAGACAUUCCUGAUCUCCCUGAAGAAGAACUAAAACCAGAUUCAGAAGGUGCCAUGUUCGAUAUUUUCAAUCCAUUGAAAAAUGCAGAGUUUCAGUAUGAAGGAGAUACCAGUCUAUUUGAAGAUGAAGAUACACGGACUUUUUAUGAAACUCUUCCUGAUCUUCGUUCUCUUAUUCCUGGGAUAUUGUACAAAGAAAGUGAACAUGCAUCAUCAAAGGAUGAAACAAAAGAAGAUGAAACUGGCCUAGAAGAAGAUAUUGAAACAUUGAAGAUUGAAGAUAUAGAAACUGAAAUGGAGUUUGAACAGAAAGAUUUACCUGUGGAACCUGUGCUAAAAGAAGAGAGUAAAGAACGGCAGAAAGAGGAAGAUAUUGAAGAAGAGUUGGAUAUGAUCCCUCCAGAUAUGGAAGAUGAAGGGGAUACUGGACAUUUGAUGAAAGCUCAGUUUGAUUCAUUUCUGCAGUCAUUACCAAAUUGUGUUAAUAGAGAACUUAUUGAUAAGAAUGCUGUUGAUUUCUGCAUGAAUUUCAACACUAAAACAAAUCGUAAGAAAUUAGUCCGGGCCUUGUUCACAGUCCACAGAACACGAUAUGAUCUCCUGCCAUUUUAUUCCCGGUUAGUGGCUACUCUCCAUCCAUGUAUGCCAGAUGUGGCGAAUGAUCUUGUGCACUUGCUGAAAGGAGAUUUUCGGUGGCAUGUACGUAAAAAAGAUCAGAUAAACAUAGAAUCCAAAUUGAAAACGGUUCGUUUUAUUGGUGAAUUAGUGAAAUUCAAGAUGUUUCCAAAAACAGAGACUUUAUUUUGUUUAAAGCUGUUGCUGUUUGACUUUACUCACCACAACAUUGAGAUGGCCUGUGCUCUCCUAGAAACUUGUGGCCGAUACCUCUACAGACAAAUGGAUUCUCACCACAGGACUAAAGUUUAUUUAGAAGUGAUGAUGCGAAAAAAGGCUGCUCUUCACUUGGACAGUCGUUAUACAACAAUGAUAGAGAAUGCUUAUUACUACAGUAACCCUCCAGAAGUACCCCAAAUGGUCAAGAAGAUACGCCCACCAAUACAUGAAUAUAUACGAAAGCUAUUGUACAAAGACCUCUCUAAAGUAACCACAGAAAAAGUCCUAAGGCAAAUGAGAAAGCUCAACUGGGAUGACCAUGAGGUUGCUUUCUACGCGACCAAAUGUCUGACAGCUGUAUGGAAUAUCCGUUACAAUUCCAUCCAUUGUGCAGCAAAUCUCCUUGCUGGUUUGGCUCCUUAUCAUGAACUUGUAGCCAUUCAAGUAGUUGAUGGUAUCCUAGAGGAUAUCAGAAUUGGGAUGGAGAUAAACCAUCCCAAGUAUAACCAGCGGAGAGUUAGUGCCAUUAAGUACUUGGGAGAAUUAUACAACUACCGCAUGGUAGAAUCCUCCGUCAUAUUCAAAGUCCUUUAUUCCUUCAUCACAUUUGGCAUAUCAUUAGAAGAAAAUGUAGCAUCUCCAUUGGAUCACCCUGAACACCUGUUCCGAAUUCGUCUCGUAUGCGUACUGCUAGAUACAUGUGGCCAAUAUUUUGAUAAAGGUUCCAGUAAAAAAAAACUAGAUUAUUUCCUUAUUUACUUCCAGAGGUAUUAUUGGUUCAAGAAGAAGCUGCCUCUUUGGACUGAAGACCGUCCGUUUCCAGUUGAUGUUGACAACUUAGUAACAGAUACUAUUGAAGCUGUUCGGCCUAAAUUAAAACUCUUUGAUAGCAUUGAAGAUGCUUACAAAGCAGUGAAUGAUCUGGAGAGGGAAAUGAAACCCAAGCUUGCUGAAGUGUUACCAAUCAUUGAAACAGGAGAUGAAGUGGACACAAAUGGACUUGAAGAUUAUGCUUUUAGUUCCAUUACUGAAAGUGAUGAAGAAUUGAGUCAGAGUUUAUCCCAGACAAACAAUGAUGAAAACCUUGUGGAAAGUGAAACUAGCCAGGAUGAACAAAGCCAGAGUCGUACUGGCAGCCAGGUUCAUGAGGGUGAUGAUUAUGCCAACAGCACUCACAGUGAAGAGGAAGAAGAGGAUCUGUUAGAGUCAGCUGGAGAAGAUGAAACUGAAGAUCAAGUAACCGUCUUAACAGGAGGUCCUAAACAUAUUAAAUGUACAGAGGAUGAAGAUUUUCUUUCUGCUUUUGAUAAGAUGAUGGCUGACAACUUGCAGGCAAGAUCACAAGAGUCUCUUAAAGUACCACAGUUGGAUAUUGCUGUGCCUAUGCAUCUUAGAGGUCAAGUACGGAAACAAUUUUCCUACUCUCAAAACAAUAUUGACACCAUUAAUGACACCAUCAAAUUUGUGUUGAUGACAAAGAAAGGUAACAAACAGCAGUACACUAAUCUGAAUGUUCCAAUUUCUACGGAAUUUGCAGCCAAGUUCAAAGAAAGAGAGAGGGCAGAACGUGCUGAAAAGGAGCAGAUGAAGCAAGUUGUUCUUGGAAUCCAUGAACGUCAAGAAGAAGAAGAUUAUCAAGAAAUGCUGGCUGCUUUAAGUAGGCCAGCACCCGUCAACACCAAUAGAGAAAGGCGUGUUCGUUAUCAACAUCCCAAAGGAGCUCCUGAUGCUGACUUGAUCUUUGGAUCAAAUUGA